AUGGUAUUUGAGGAAUCAAAUUCUCCUUCCCGUCCAAACAUUGAAAUCCCCGAGACAAAAGCAAAAUUUUUUUCUUUGAUUAUUUGUUGGUGGGUUAACGAUUUAAUGAGCUUAGGUUAUAAACGUCCUUUGGAAAAAGAUGAUCUCUACGUUUUAAAUGAAAAUAGAUGUGCUAAAAUUAUUACAGACAAAUUUGAAAUCGAAUGGCAAAAAGAAAUUCAAAAACUUGCGAUAGGAAAGAAACCAUCUUUAUUAAAAGCUCUAUUUAGGUUAAUAUUAAACUUUGUUUCUGAAGCAUACUUUGCUAACUUAAAUAACAGUGUGCAACCAGCUGCAUAUAUUGGCUACGUACUAAUCGUUGUCUUGUUCUUAAUGAAAAUGAGUGAUGAUGUUUUGUUCGCCUUUAGCCUUUAUUGUGGAUCGGAAACUGGUUUACUCUCUCGCACUAUUCUUAUAACUGCUAUCUAUCGGAAAGUCUUUGUCUUAAGUGGAAAAGCUAAAAGUUUAUUUACUAAUGGAAAGAUCACUAAUUUAAUGUCAACUGAUACUACGCGUAUAGACUAUGUAUGCAGUUACUUUCACGUGAUUUGGAGUUCUCCUAUUCAAAUUUGUAUAGCAUUGGGUCUGUUAAUAGUUAAUAUUGGUCUAUCUGCACUAGUUGGAUUUGCUUUACUAGUGUUAAUGGGUCCUAUGCAAGGAAUAGUUAUGUCAUUUUUGGCACGUACCAGGGCUAAAGCUGCUAGUGUUACUGAUGAACGAGUAAAGCUAACUCAAGAGAUUUUAUUGGGGAUUAAAGAAAUUAAAUGUUACGCUUGGGAAGAUAGUUUUGCAGAUGCUCUUAAUAAAUUAAGAAAUAAAGAGCUUGGUUUGGUUAGGUCUUUGUUAGUUAUUAGAUCUGUUAUUUCUGGUGUUUCGAUGGUUGUUCCAGUAUUUGCUUGUAUUUUAUCAUUUGUAACAUUUUCAUUGACAGGAGGCAGCCUCGACGCUGGAAUCGUAUUCUCUUCUCUGGCAUUAUUCAGUUCUCUCAAAAUUCCUUUAUUGCGCUUGCCACUUGUUAUAGCUUCUAUUGCUGAUGCCUAUGUAGCAAUUAAUCGGAUAAGUGAAUUUUUGCAGGCUGAUGAGUUAUCUGGUUUACCAGUAAUCAAUCCGGACGAACAAUAUGCCAUCAAAGUUACUGAUGGAGAAUUUAUUUGGGAAACUUUUACUCCUGAUGAUUUGACUAAAACUCAUGAAAAUUCUCAUCUACUUUCACCAAGAUCUCAACUUUGUAACAUUAAUAUUAAAAUACCUCGUGGAAAGUUAAUUGCCAUUGUUGGUUCUGUAGGAUCUGGUAAAUCUUCAUUAUUGUCAGCUCUGGUUGGUGAAAUGAAAAGAAUUAAAGGAGAUGUUUCAUUUGGCGGAAAUGUUGGGUACUGUCCUCAAACUGCGUGGAUACAAAAUGCUACACUUAGAGACAAUAUUACUUUUGGAUUACCUUUUGAUGAAGAAAGGUAUCAAAAAGUGAUUAAAGAUUGUUGUCUAGAACCAGAUUUAGAAGUGUUACCUGCUGCUGACUUAACUGAAAUUGGAGAGAGAGGGAUUAAUUUAUCUGGAGGACAAAAACAACGUGUUAGCAUUGCAAGAGCUGUGUAUUACAAUGCUGAUAUUGUGUUAUUAGAUGAUCCACUAUCAGCAGUUGACGCAUAUGUUGGAAAGUACAUAUUCACAAACUGUAUUAAAGGAGCACUUGCCAAAAAAACACGUUUACUUGUUACACAUCAUUUACAUUAUCUACCACAAGUCGACUACAUAAUAUAUAUGGAAGAUGGUAAAAUUGCUGAACAAGGAACUUAUGAGGAAUUAAUGAAUGAUGGGAAAACCUUUUCGAAAUUGAUUGCUGAAUAUGGUGAAGCCAAAAACAGUGAAGUAAAAAAAGACAAAGAAUCAACAUUGGAUGAAAAAGAAAAUAAAAAUCAUACAUUUAUUUUAUAUAAAGGAUUAAUGUCAAAAGAAGAACAGUACAGAGGGGCAGUGAAUAAUGAAAUAUAUUUGGCAUAUUUUAGGAAUGCGGGUGGAUUUUUAUUGAUACUCACUAUUAUUUUAUUGCUUAUUAUGGCACAAGUAGCAAAUAUUGGAACUAAUAUAUGGCUUAUGUUCUGGUCCAACAACACAUUUAACCUUCCAAAAGAACUUUAUAUAGGUAUUUAUUGUGCAUGGGGAGCCACUGAAGGAAUUUUUUAUGUUUUGUGUGGUAUCUUAAUUUCAUAUGGUGGUGUUAAAGCUGCUAGGAGAUUGCAUGAUAAUGCAAUUAAACGUAUAUUAAAAGCACCAACUAGUUUUUUUGAUACCACUCCACUAGGAAGAAUUAUUAAUCGUAAAGAUGUUGACACAUGUGAUAAUUUACUUUCUGAAUCAUUUCGAAUGUUUUUUCUAAGCAUUUUGAACAUUAUUGGAACCUUUAUACUAAUUGUAGUAGUGUAUGUGUGGUUUAUUAUCCCAUUGGUUCCUUUGAUUAUACUUUACUAUUUAGUGGCUCUUUAUUAUCGGGCAUCUAAUCGUGAAUUAAAGCGACUUGAUUCAGUAUUAAGAUCUUCAUUAUAUGCCCAUUUUUCUGAGACACUUUUGGGGCUGCCAAUUAUUCGUGCUUAUCGUGAACAAGAAAGAUUUUUGAGAAAUAAUGAAGCAUUCUUAGAUAUCGAAAAUAGAGCAUACUUUCUCAUGAUAUGUGCUCAACAAUGGCUUUCAGUGCGUCUUGAAGCUAUUACAAAUGUCUUAUUAUUUUUUGCAAGUUUGUUUGGAAUUAUUUUUAGAUUUAGCGUUUUACCUUCAAUGACUGGAUUAGUAAUGGCUUAUGCACUUCAAGUUAUUAUAGUCUUUUGUUGGUGUAUUAAAGCAUUUGCUAAAUUAGAAACAAAUAUGAACUCAGUGGAACGCUUAAUUCACUAUAGUGAAAAUUUGGAAGUAGAAGCCAAGAAUAUAAUACCAGACAACAGACCAUCAUCUGAAUGGCCAACUUGUGGAGAAAUUCACAUUAAAAAUUUGGAAAUUAAAUAUAGACUUGAUAGUCCUCUAGUAUUGAAAGGCAUCUCAAUUGAUAUUAUGGCUGCUGAAAAGAUUGGAAUUGUUGGUCGAACCGGAUGUGGAAAAUCAACAUUAGCAAACUCAUUCUUUAGACUCAUUGAGGCAACUUCUGGAAAUAUUAUAAUUGACAAUAUUGAUAUUAGCACUAUUGGAUUACAAGACCUUAGAAGUAAUAUUACUAUCAUACCUCAAGAUCCUGUACUAUUUAAUGGUACUAUAAGAAGCAACUUGGAUCCAUUCAACAAGCAUAGUGAUCUUGAGUUAUGGGAUGCGCUUUGUCGUGUACACUUAAUUGAAAAUUCCAGCUAUACUUUUGAAAAAAAAAAUUCUGAAGCCAAUCUUUCUGUUUCAGAACAAAAAAAUGAAAAUCAUAAACCAUUAAUGCUUGACUCACCUGUCAAAGAAAAUGGAUUAAAUUUUUCCCAAGGUCAAAAACAACUUAUUGAAAUAGCCAGAGCACUAGUUCGUCAUUCCAAAUUGAUAAUAAUAGACGAAGCUACUGCCAGUAUAGAUUUCAAAACUGAUCAUCUAAUACAGGCAACAAUUAGGGAAGAGUUUAAGGAUCAUACUGUUAUCACUAUUGCGCAUAGGUUGCGAACUGUUGCAGACUAUGAUAGAAUUCUGGUCAUGGAUUCUGGAAAUGUAAUUGAAUUCGAUAUUCCAUAUCUCCUGAUGCAGAAGUCUGAUGGGGUGUUUAGAAAAAUGUGUAAAAGUAGCGGUGAAUUUGCAGAAUUAAUGGAAAUUGCUAAGCAUAAAUUUGAGAAUAUAUCAUCAAUAUGA